AUGGGGGCCCUCACCGUGGUGGGCAGUGCCGUGGGGGCCUUCAUCAUGUGGAUGGCGGUGCUCAGUCCUUGUCCGCUGCUGGUUCAUGGUGUUUGGGGCGGAGUCUUGAUGGUGGGGGCCUGGGUGGUGUUCGUGCUCGCACUGUCCUACGUGAAAGUGAUGGUGGGUGUGAUACUGCGUGACGAGGGCCACAGCGCCCUGGUGUGGUGUGGGGCGGUGGUGCAGCUCGGAUCUCUGCUCGGAGCCGUCACUAUGUUUCCUGUGGACUUCAUCCGUGAGUUGGUGGGGAAGUUGGACGGCAUGCACAAAGAGGAGGAACUGCAGACUUCUGGCAUCGAGCAUCCGGUCAUCUCCCACAGCCACUACCGCCACGAGCCGUACCACUUCAACCAAGACCAGCAGCAGCAGCAGCCCACACGGGGCCCCCACAAGACCCUCUAG